UAUAUUUCUUUCCACUAAAAGUGGUUAUCUAACGUAGUUUUAUUAGGUUUCUCUUGUUUAGUACAAAAUAAAUGUUUUUAUUAGUCAUUAAUAUAUUUGUCAGGAGUGACAAUGCUGCAUGUUACCACUGUAGCAGUCUAUGGAUCACUAUCCCACACAUUAGUCUACUUAUGGGUAUAACGGUACAACGUUUCGACUUUAGUGAGGCACAAAACGAGAAUUCGUAUUGUGGCGCCAAAAAUUCCACACAUGCGUGGGAAGAUAAGAAAGGUGUUGCUGAGGACAUAAAUGUUCUGACAGCUGGAGACAUGAAGGAGGCAAUCGAUGAUUAUGGAGGAGUAGCAGGUUGCCAAACAGCACAUGUUGACAUGUCUGUACAUCACAUUCCAGUUCUACCACCAAUUAAGGGGAUUUCUAAAUAUUCCAAUGUCCAGUAUGAGGGGAAUGGCAGUGUAACGAGUAUGAAAGGCAUGCAAUAUUGGUUUUGGGAAGAUAACAUUGCCUCGUACAACUCCUUCCAACUCGGGGCUUACUGUCAUAACAGAUUUCUUGGUACUAUCAAUUUUAGGGGGUAGAAUUACUGGAAACAGAGUUUGUGAGUCUCCUACUAAUGAAUCCUUUGGCUGUCCAGAAACCGGUUGUUUCUGUUGUUUAUUAAUCUUUCUCAGAAAUAUAUCGUCUUUCAACUUGACCUGCUCUCAUCUUAUCAUUUGGUCAGGAUGGUGGCAGGAUACUUGUUUAAACCUGUCGGAAAAUGUCAAACAUUUUCAUUUCAAGGAAGCUACACAACCACAUAAGGAUAAUACGGUAUACGCUUACAUAUAUGUAGAUCGAUGGGCACUAAAGAAAGAUAGGAAAUGUGUCAGAUUUUCAUCAGAUGUCAAAGCUUUUUUGAAAGUGGAGAAAGGAGUGGUCACACCCUGCCAAAGUGGUCAGAAAUAUGAGGAUUUGCAGGGAUAACACUGUCUGGAAAGAAAAAGUUUCAACCAGACGAGUGCUUGCAACCAUCUCAGAUUGCUGCAUUUGUUCAUGUGUACUUGCACGCAACCAGACUAGCAGUGUUGAAGAUGCAGAUUUAGAAACUGCGGUAUCCCUCAUCAACAAGUUGGAGGCUCCAGUGCAAUUAAACAAUACCUUUCAAUGGCAGCUCCAUGAAUUCAGAUUGGAAAUUAGAA